AUGAGCCACCCCACAACCCCAGCGGCGCCCGAUGAGGUGGCGCUACGCCCAGGCUGGAAGCAGAAGUCCGAGAUCACGAAGAUAUUGGACCCGAGGAUCCCGAAGUUCUCGUCGGGAAAAUCCUCCGAACUGAAGGAGUGGCUGGAGUCGUACUCGAAGAUCGUCUACCGGACGGGUGUGCCAAAGAAACUGGCCACGGAACUCAUCCCGUUCUAUCUGAGCGGGCCGGCCCUGCACAAGUACAACGCACUCCCGGAAUCGGUCACCAAGGAAUGGGAGACGAUGGCGAGAGGGUUAGUGGAAGCCCACAACUGCCCAGCCGACAAGGAACUCGCGCUGCAGGAGUUCACCACCCUCACACAGGGAUCCCGGACUCCAUCCGAAUUCGCCGAAGCGAUCAGGACAGUCGGAAACUACGCCUACGACGACGUCUACUCCAAGACGAGGGACCGACUACUCGCGGCCCAGUUCGUGAACGGAUCCGACAAAAAGAUUCGCAGCCGACUGCGCCAACUCCAGAAGGCGCCAACCACUCUUCGCGAAGCCACGGCCGAGGCCGAGAAGAUCCAAAGACUUCUGGAGAUCGAGGAGGCCGAGGACGAGGACGACACCAUGAUCGCCGCCCUCCAGAACAUGGGAUUCCAGGGCUACCCACAGCAGCCCAGGGCCCAGGGUCAGUUCCGAGGGAACUGGUAUCCAACCAGCCCCCAACAAGACUACCCGUCUCAAGGGACCUGGAACCGGAACAACUUCCGGCAGAGCUACAAUCAGCAAGGAAACUGGUGCUGGAAUGGACCCAAUGAAGGAUUAUUCGUCCCCCAAGAGAUUGGGACCCGCAAGGACUCGCACUGCAGAGUCGUCAUUGACUUCGAAAAGGAAAUCCCCGAUAAGGAUCAUUUGGAAGACGAAGAGCUCGUGGACGAACAGUUCGACGACGAAGAACUUGAAGACGAAGAGCAUAAGGUUGAGGAACUUGAUGAGUGGCAUGGAGAAGAAGAUUACGAUGACGAAACCACAGAAGAAACGGUAGAGGAGUACGAGCAUGAACCCGACUCAACCGGCGCCGAGUGGGAAAGGGCCCCACGUGUAUCCAGAACCGUCAGGUUACCGUCUAUUACUUCAAUACUCUCCGUCGCCAGAAUGCACAUGAUAAAUCCAACGGCUCCGAACAGUUCGCAAUACGCACAGGAGCCAGAGAGCCAAAGAGACUGUGGCAAUGAAGCCGACCAACUCUGGUGGGAACCGACAACAAGUUGGCCUAACCUGGCGCCGAGACGUCGCCGCUUUGGGGGAGGGGGGAUGUAA